CCGAACUUCAUCUUUCGAAGUCGUCACGGGAGUCGAAAUUAGGUACGGUACCUACGAACUGUUCUAGGAGCAACAUCCUUUUCUAUUUCGAGGGAAGGAACGGGAGAGAACCCAAUACAUAAUUGCAGCAACAAAGCAGCAGCUACUAUAAAAGCCAGUCAGACCGACGCGAAUCAGAAGUACGAAGGGAAGGAAUCGACGUAUAUAACAUGAAAUUCCAAAUAGCAGAUAUUGCCCUGAUUCUUUCAAUAGCAUGCCUCUCUUCGGCGGCGGCCUUUUCUCCUUCGUCCCUUGCGCCUCGGCAGUCAGCUGGAGCCUCGUUGACGAAUAGAAUAUCCAAAACGACAACCAGCAGCAACACUAAAUUAUUUUCGCAGUGGGACGAAGAAGAGGAAACUUCCGUGAAGCGGUCUUCCUUUGAGGAGGCCGCGAAGGCAGCUACUGAUGAAGACGCCGCGAAAGAACUCGAAGAGAUGGGAGAUUUUGAUGCCACUUCCACUGUGAGUUGUUAGUUAUAUUUUUUUGGGAUUGAUCGGUCAAGUGCGACUCUUUUCGUUAAGGAACGCAGUAGAAAACAUCGAUCGUCUGCCGCCACCGACAUGAAAAAUUGUCUCUUCUAUGGUUAUGAUUACUAACCCGUAGUUUUUGUACAAAUUUGUUUUGUUUGCAUCGUGUGCUGAUUGACAAUCUUGCUUCUUCAUAUGUGUCGGGAAAAAAUAAAUGGUAUUCGAUCGCAUCCCAUUGCUACGAACCCAACAAUCAUCACUGAAUUGCAUUCACUCUGGAAAACCGAAACAACAAUGCGAUGCAGUACAACUCGGACGACAUUGGUCGAUACCGUGAUGCGAUCAAGAAACGAGCGGAAUCCAUUGGACUAGAGAAGAGAUCAGCUGAAGAAAUUGCGGCGGAUCAAGCAGCGGCUAUGCAAAAAGCAAUCGAACAGGGCGAGGGCCUUGUAGGAGCAGCCGCACGAUCAAACCCCGACCAGCUCUCUGAUAUGCUUGAUGAAUCCCAAGUGCAGCGACUUGACUUGUCGAAAAUUUCAAACGAUGCACCAAGGGGUCCAGAUGAGGAUGUUCCUGCUAUAAUGUAUGAUCCUACCAACGACAUGACACAGGAAGAAAUGGAAGAAGCCGACCCUAUCGGAUUCAAACCCAUCAAUGAGCAAGUCGCAUGGGUCCUUGAGAAAUCCGAGUUCCCCUCGCCUCUUGCUGUAUUGGGCGAAACUAUUGUUACAGUUGUGACCGUCGUUGUGACAGCGGUGAUUUUCACACAAUGGGACGAAUUGUGUCGGGAAGCGGCCUUCAACUUUAAUUUUGUGCCCCGGCCGGAAGAGGUCCAAAAGGCCUUGGAGGGGAUGCUAGCUCCAGGAGAUACUAUCCUCGGAAUGGGAGCGAACUCUAUGUCGGGACAAGAAAUGCUACAAAUGCUACAGGAUGGAACGAAGGAAACUAUCAAGGCCGUACAAGAUGGAUCGAUCAAGGACAUUCUAGCCGGUGAUGUGCCUGCUGAACUGUAGUAAUGCAACUUUUGCAACUCGACGAGUUCAGAAACUGAGCCGUUCCUACCAUGUUGCCGACGAAAACACACAAGCAUCCAAAGAAAUUCGAUAGCAGAAAUAGAACUUUGCAACUCAC